GCCUGCUUUCUGAAGACUGGAGUGAGAGAUGGAGCAACCAAAGGAAAGAGUUUCUAUAUCUGUGGAAACCGUGGUGGCCCACCAUGUGCGUUCACACAGCUUGCUGAUAUUCCUGUGUCUCACUGCCUAGUACAUGCAGGCUCAGUUGUGGAACUUCAGGCUAUCUCUGCAAAAUCUGACAUCCAGUCUUGUUGGUUAUACUAUCGCUGUGUGAAGGGGAAGGCAGAUAAUCUGAAAUGGUGCGGAAAUAUUCCUUGGCAGGAACCAAAUUCAACAGAGAGCAGCACCCAUCAUGUUAGAGGACAGUCCCACCAUCGUAGGAAGCAAGAUCGAAAUCCUUUCCGAAUACGGAGUGAGAAUCCAAAGCCAUUCCCCUGGAAAGCUGCCACUGCUAAUAGUAAUGAAGAAGAGACUGAGUCUGCAACAGAUGAGAAGGAUAAUGAGGAUGGUGGUGAAAUGUUGAAGUCAAAUAGUUUACCAGUUACAGAUAAGCAAAUAGUGAAGUCGGCUCCUGAUGUGUUUGAGAUCAAGGACAAGUCAUGUGGUGAGGCUGGAAAACCUGUUAUUAAAGAUUCUGAAGGAACCCGGCAUGAAGUCUCUCAUGGCCUUGCAUGUGCUACUAGCACAGGAAGAUCUGAUUCUUCCAAAAAGAAGGGUCACAAUUUACAAUAUUUAAAACCAUCUGGUCUCCUGGUAACUGAAAAAGAAAAUUUGUCAGAACUAUCCCCUGGCACAGAGAAAGAUCAGGUGCAGUUAGGAACUGAGAAAAAGCAUGUUCAUGAAGAAUUAUCUAAGCAUUCACCACAUCAUGGGAAUACUGCAAUCACCAGCAGUGUGCAUCUGAAGGGGCAACAGCAAAGGGACACACAAUCUUCAAGCAAGAAUGGUAAAUUUAGUUGUGAAAAUGAAAAAUCAAAUAGCACUCAGAAAUGCUGUACAGUCAGUAUCCCCCAACAAACCAAAUCAAGAGACGCUCCGAAAAACUCCUCAGAACAGACACAAGGAACCAAAGCUGAAUACAGUGCUACUGCAGACUGUUCAGUUCUGCAUACACACAGUUCUGACUCAAAUAAUGAAGCAAAUCAGGAGCUGAAACCAUAUGAGCAAAUUCAUGCAGCCUCACCUGUCUGUAUUGGAGCAGAAAAUAGCUGCUCCAAAUUAGAACAAAGUACACUUACCUGUCAGUCAGUGGAUUUUAAGCAGACAGCAGCUACAGAAAAAACACAUGUAAGUAAUGGACAGAGAACGAUCAUAGCCUUUCCUGGUUUUGAGUAUAAAUCAACAUCCAUGGCGACCAAGGAAACUGUGGCACUACACAACCAUCUGACUGCUCAACUUAAACAGAAAAAGAAUACUCUGAGAACGGUUAAUGUUGCUGCCCUCCCUGAUAAAGGCCAGAGGUUAAUAAAUCAAGUUAAGGACUUGGAGGAUGCUCUUAGUGCACUUUGCCUGACUCCAACAGAUCAAAAUGAGGAAGGCGAUGAAGCAAAGAACAGUCAGAUCAACCCCUUUGACAAAAGUGGCACCGUCUUACAAACUAAGCUUGUACCCCAUCAGGAUCCUCAAUCUGAUGCAAGAGCUUCACAUUUCAAUUAUGAUUCUUCUCUGGGGUCAAGUCAACUUUAUAGCCAUCUGUAUGGAGCUCAGUUUCAGCAGCAGGGCCUAUAUGGAGGACGGAUGACAGAGGAACGACUCCUUACUGUCAAGAACAUAACCAGUGAGGCUAUUGAACAACUCCACAGAUCAUUGGAGUCUUGCCCAAAUGCAUCUGAAGAGGCUGAAGAUCCGCCAUAUCUAAAGGUCCCACUGCUGGUUCAUCAGAAACAAGCAUUGGCAUGGUUACUGUGGCGGGAGAAGCAAAAACCAUCGGGUGGUAUACUAGCGGAUGACAUGGGUUUAGGGAAAACUCUAACAAUGAUUGCACUCAUCUUGGCACAACGGUACAACAGGAAGGAAGAAACGGAGAAAAAUCCAGAUGAAUGGAUCUCAAAAACUGACAGCACUUCUGUAAUCUCCUCUGGGACACUUAUCAUUUGUCCAGCAUCUCUAAUUCAUCAUUGGAAGAAGGAAAUCGAAAGGCAUGUCUCUAUCACGAAAAUAAGCAUAUACAUGUACCAUGGGCCAAAGAGACAGCAAUCAGCAAAAGCACUAUCAAAAUUUGAUGUUGUUGUAACAACAUAUAGCCUUGUUGCAAAGGAGAUCCCAGUGAACAAGGAAAAUGGACAUUGCACAACCAAACAUGAGGCAAAUACCUUAACUGAGACAAAGCUUUCUCAUUCCCCGUUGUUGAAGAUAGCAUGGUCUCGGAUAAUCCUGGAUGAAGCUCACAACAUUAAAAACCCCCAAGUACAAACCUCAAUGGCAGUGUGUAAACUCCAAGCUAAAGCACGCUGGGCAGUCACAGGAACGCCCAUUCAGAACAACCUGCUGGAUAUGUACUCCUUGCUCAAGUUCCUUCACUGUUCCCCAUUCGAUGAGUUCAAGCUUUGGAAAAACCAAGUGGAUAACGGUACAAGGAAAGGUGGUGAACGCCUUAAAAUUAUCACCAAAAGCCUUCUGUUGAGGAGAAUGAAGGACCAGCUUGAUGCUGAUGGCAAACCUUUGGUUGUCCUGCCGCAGAAAUUUAACCGCUCACAUAAGCUAAAAUUGUCAGACGAAGAGGAAGCUGUUUACAAUGUCUUGUUUGCUCGUUCCAGGUCAACCUUGCAGUCAUACUUGAAGAGACAUGAAGGCAAGGAUGAUAAAGUCAAUUCAUCACCGGGUACUGAUAACCACUUCAGCAGAGUAGCUCGCGAGUUUGGUAUUGCAUCUGUCAAUGGUGAUCCUUCCUCUGCCCAGAAGAAUUCUCCAGCAUCAAGCACUGCACACAUCUUAUCUUUGCUGCUCAGGCUUCGACAGUGCUGCUGCCACCUCUCUCUGCUGAAGACGGCUCUGAAUCAAAGUGAGAUGGAAUCUGAAGGCAUCACCCUCUCCCUGGAAGAGCAACUCAAUGCUUUAUCAUUGUCAGAGGUCACAGCCUUUGACAACAAGCCAGCUGUUAGCCUGAAUGGUACCAGCUUCAAAGCAAACCUGUUUGAGAAAACCAGAAAGAGCACCAAGAUCUCUGCACUGUUGGAGGAAUUAAAAGCAAUAAGAAGCAGCCAAGAACCACAAAAAUGUGUAAUAAUUUCUCAAUGGACUAGCAUGUUGCAAGUGGUAGCAGGCCACUUGGAUCGAAUCAGCCUGAGCUAUAUCACACUUGAUGGCACUGUGACUCCUAAACUUCGUAUGGAUUUGGUGGAGGAAUUUAACACUAACCCUAAAGGACCUCAGGUCAUAUUGGUCUCUCUGUGUGCUGGGGGUGUGGGUUUGAAUCUCAUUGGAGGCAAUCACCUCUUCCUGUUGGAUAUGCACUGGAAUCCGGCAUUGGAGGAACAGGCAUCUGAUCGAAUUUAUCGUGUAGGGCAACUCAAGAAUGUAACUGUGCAUAGGUUUAUCUGUGAGGGUACUAUUGAGGAGAAAAUCUUUGACCUUCAGGAGAAGAAAAAGGAUCUAGCAAAAAAGGUUCUAUCGGGAACUGGAGGAUCCUUUACUAAACUUACGCUGGCUGAUCUUCGCAUUCUCUUUGGUGUCUGAGCUUCAAAGGAAAAACAGCCCUGCUAUAUAAUUAUAUUCUAACAAAAUACAGUCAAAGCUCAAUGUGUUAUACAUUUGAGAAACGAGCAUUUCUGUAUUUUGGAAACAUAUUUUUGUCAAGCAUAAUAUGAAUAUGCUUGUGUAAUUAUGGUGCAAGUUAUAAAGUCUUUUACUGUAUAAGUUUAUAUUUGGUGUAUGAGUUUUUCUUUUGCAAAAAUGCUUUCCAAUCCCUGAAGCCAAGUAUUUGUUACAUGAUUUCUGUUUCAAAAUCAAAGGCUACUUUAUUUUUAUCAAUGAUGAGAAAGAGUUCGCAAGGCAAACAAAUUUUUUUUUAUGAUUUCAUUUGGUCAGAAUGGGUGCUUAACUUGGCAUGUAUCGUUCUCGAAAGACUGAAUGUGAGAUGGCAAAUUCAUUAAAAUACUUUGGACAAGA